GUUCCAGAAGUUUAUUUAAUUUAGGAUAAAGUUGAUGUUCAGCAGGCUGAUAUAACUCCUCUAAUAUCCACUCUUCUAGGGAAUAAAAUCCCCGUGAACAGUAUGGGUUUACUCCCGCACAAUAUUCUAGAUCUACAUCCACGGGAACUCUCUCUAGCACUGAAAGGGCAGUACACUCAACUUCUAGUUCAGUAUGAAGAACUUAAGUCUGUCCCGGAGAGAGGAUAUUUUCCAACCCUUUUCCAUAAACAAUAUCCAGGGUUCACACAGUACAAUAUCCAGGAGUGUGAAAGAACGAUUGACCGAUUGAUCUCUUCCAGUCAGUACACUCAAUCAAUCAACACAAUCUCCGCCUGUAUCGAAAAGACCUUCUCCGGUAUCACCUACUACCAGAGAUAUCAGGAGAACAUCCUCCGGGUUCUCAUCUCUAUCAGUCUCAUCCUCUCUCUCCUCUUCAACACUGUACUUGUCCUCCAGUUGUUUUCCGGACUUGUUAAAAUGACUGGCCCCUCGUGUAGCAAGUUUAACACUAUGAAUAUGCUGCUCCUCCUGCUGUGUAUGUUCUCCUGGUGGUGUCAGCAGUUACCUCUGCACUUCCUGUUCUACUACACUGCUCCAGUGUAUAUGUUGACCCAGCUGCUAGGCCAGCUAAGCACCUACAAUCAAUCAAUCAAAAUCAACAGAGAGGUCGUCUGUAUCCUUCUGUUUACAGUGUUGAUCUGUGAAUCCGUGGUUUUCUCCUUUUUUGACCGAAGAUGUUUAGCUCUGGGGAUUGGUCUAAUUGCAACCUCUUUUAUAUUCAGGUAUAUUUAUUGCAACCUCUCUUAUUCAGGUAAACUUCUUGCAACCUCUUUUUUAUACAGCAAGAGGAGAAACCUGGUUCAGGGUUUAUCUAUUCUCCUUGCUGGAGGAUUCUCCUGGUUUCCAGCUAUAGAUGGCAGGUUGGUAUUUUCAGGGAUUUAUGUUGGGUUUAUUUAUUGAU